CAAUCCAUUUUAUUUUUUUGACCUUUGGUGGAACGCCCUUUUCCCAUGCAAGCCAUCUUUUAUGAGAUUAGACAGAAGUUAUACCUUGAGGGUCACCAUGUGGUUUAUUUAUUCAGAAAAUAGUUCAGCCGUUGUUCGUCGCCGCCUAAUGAGAUUGGUCGUAAAAUGAGUGACACAAAGGCUUGAAGGGGGGAUAAGGGGUGGAAAGAAAGCCAAAGCCCUCGGUUUCCCCUCUCGGCACGUGACACAACAGCAACACGCAUCGCUAACCCGACCCCACCUCCUUUACUCUUCACUAACAACACCUUUCAUGUCGCUGUGAAAAGCUUGCGUGGACGUGGUAAGUCAGGUGGUCCUUCACUGCCCCGCUGACCGUGUUUAUAUCUGUCUGCUGGUUUAAGAGAGAGAUGAUGAGGGUGAGAAGGAGGAUUGGCUGAAUGAAGGGUUUGAUCUAUGAAAUAGAUGGAGAUGAGAGCAGAGGUUGUGUAAAGAUGUCAUUUACAGAGUCGUGUGUGUGAGGAGAGAUGCUCAGAUGAUGAACAUAAAUGUCACACUCACAUCUCAGAGCAGCUAAAGAAAAGCGUGUGCAGUAAUCGGAGCCCGCGGGGAACUCGCAGAACAUCUUAUUUAUUACAGGACAAACUAACAAAGAUGGAGUCCGACAGCGAAGAGAAUCGAAGUGAAAUAUGUGAUGGACUUCUGGCUGACUGCAUCGCUGAGUCGCACAGCUUGAAUCCCGGAGCGGGUAAAAAGCGAGCGGCUGCAGAAGGGGCCCGCGGGGCGCCGGUCAACAAGAGGAAAUCUCUCCUAAUGAAGCCCCGGCACUACAGUCCCAGCCCCUGCUCCAGCGAGGGGGAUGUCGAGCAAGACCUGGCAACCGCUCAGGAUAAAGACGCGCCCAGGAACACUGACACUCCAGCAGAUGAGGAUCUCAGUGGUGAUGAUGUUCUGGAUGAUAGCGUCUAUCACAACACAAAGUCCCACCCCUUGCUGUCGUGGUCAGCACAAACAAGCGAAGGCUCUCCAGACUUGGUGGCUCAAAUAUCUAAACACCAGACCCAACGGGAAGACGAGGACUUUGAAGACAAAAACCAGGGGGAGAUCAGAGCCGGCUAUCAUUUGUCAACGGACCGAGAAUCAGAUGAGGAAGAAUGGGGCAGUCCUCCAUCCCUAACCAAGAUCAAUGGCAUCCAUCACAGCCCCAGUCCACCUGCAGAUGAUGGCCUUAUAAAGAGACUCCGAAUAGGGCACCAGCUCCAGGAAGAUGCCAUAUCUGCUUACAUCAACAGAUCUAGCGCAGGGACCUUGAUGGAAGAGUACGGUUGUCAGAGGGAGCUCAGUGACAGUGAGGAAGAGUUACAGAUGCCCAGGAUGGAGGAACGAGGAGGUGUUUGGGGUCCAGGUCUGGUGGCCAGACAUCUAGAGUUGGACAGGGCCCGGUUGAAUCUCAGUCUGUUGGAACAGGCUAUGUUACUCCAGUCUGAACAUAGACAGGUCAUUCACAGUGCCUAUAAGGACAUGGACCGCUUUCUACUGGAGCAGAUGAACCAUGAAAGGAGGCAGCAGAGGAUGCUGGAGAUGGACGCACGGACCCUAUUCCACAGCAGCAAAGAUUCCCCUCGGACCGAAAAGAAAGACAUCAAAUGCCCGACCCCGGGCUGUGACGGGACAGGUCAUGUGACCGGUCUCUAUCCACAUCACCGGAGCCUGUCGGGAUGCCCACACAAAGUCAGAGUUCCCCCAGAGAUUCUUGCAAUGCACGAGAAUGUCCUAAAAUGUCCGACCCCCGGCUGUACAGGACGAGGUCAUGUUAAUAGCAACCGUAGCACGCAUAGAAGUCUCUCGGGCUGUCCGAUAGCUGCAGCGGAGAAGAUCUCCAAACCACAGGAGGAGACGGCAAAGUGCAGACUUAUGACAGAGAGAAUGGCCAGACCUUUAGGAAACAUGAAGAAGUUUGACUUCACGUACAGAUUUGCACAUCCCAUGGCAGCGUUGCAGGCCGGCGUAUCUAAAGACAUGGAGAAGUUCAGUAAAGGCCAAUUCGACUACGCCAGCUUCGAUGCCCAGGUCUUUGGCAAGCCGACGCAGAUGGCAUCCGACCAAACCCACGAGUCUUCGCACUUUUCUGACCCAACUGCACAAUACUCCAGUUUUCUAGGUCCCUGCAGUCGCAUGCUUGUGACCGGAGACAACAGCCCCGUUGGCCACAAAGCCCAAAGCAACGGCCUCCAGUCCAACAUCACGUCCGCAUCCAUCCUCAACCUCUCCACCCGUUGCCGAGACAACAGCGAGGCCCUGCCCCCUGGCCGGCCCCUGGCAUCAUCAACAAAGGAUUCCCUCAUUGAGGUAGAUGAGAAUGGAACACUGGAUCUGAGUAUGAAGAAGAAGAGAGAUAAAGCGAGGGAAUCUCCUGUGAUGCCAGCAUUAGGAGAAGCUUUGUUCACCCCACCUGAACCUUCUCUAGCCAAAGCGGCAGGACUCCAGAUCUCACCGGCCAUCUACCGUGUCCUCUACGAGCAGGACACGUGGGACACGCCAUUAAACUUCAGCAAAACCCCUGUCCAGCAGGACAAAGAGAUGGAUCAGUUGGAGAACUCGACACAUGAGGAUAAAGUUUACAACGGAGAUGUGAAUAUGGCAAAUGCAAAAAACAAGAUGCUUAUAAGAGACAGCAAAAAAGAGUUAAUGAGUUGUCCGACACCAGGUUGUGACGGUAGUGGUCAUGUGACUGGAAAUUACGCUUCACACAGAAGCGUAUCCGGUUGCCCAUUGGCUGAUAAGACCCUGAAGUCACUAAUGGCUGCAAGUUCUCAAGAGCUAAAGUGCCCAACUCCUGGAUGUGACGGUUCAGGUCAUGUAACAGGAAACUAUGCAUCUCAUAGGAGUCUGUCGGGCUGCCCUCGUGCCAGGAAAGGAAGCUUGAAGCUGACGCCAAGCAAAGAGGACAAAGACGAAUCGGAGAUGAAGUGCCCGGUGGCAGGUUGUGAUGGGCAGGGUCACGUGUCUGGGAAAUACACGUCGCAUCGGAGCACCGGAAGUUGCCCCAUCGCCGCCAAGCAUCAGAAGGAGAGCACCAUGAACGGAUCGGCCUUCUCGUGGAAACUGUGUAAACAGGAACUUCCUCACUGUCCAUUGCCUGGAUGCAACGGCUUGGGUCACGCCAACAAUGUGUUUGUUACACACAGGAGUUUAUCCGGGUGUCCGCUGAACGCCCAGAGCAUCAAGAAAAAACUCUCGGAUGAGGAGAUGAUGACCAUCAAACUGAAAACCAGCAGUGGUAUUGACAACAACGACGACAUGCAACACUUGGAUCACGAGAUUAAGGAAUUAAAUGAAUCCAAUCUAAAGAUAGAAGCAGAUAUGAUGCAUCUUCAGACUCAGAUCUCAUCCAUGGAGUGCAACUUGAAAACUAUAGAGGAAGAGAAUAAAAUAAUCGAGCAGCACAAUGACAGUCUGUUGAAGGAGUUAGCACGACUCAGUCAAGCUCUUAUCAACAGUCUCACUGACAUCCAGCUGCCGCAGAUGGGUCCCAUCAACGAACAGAAUUUCGAAGCUUACGUGAACACAUUGACAGAUAUGUACAAUAGUUCCCAGCACGAGUAUUCCCCAGAAUGCAAAGCCCUGUUGGACAGCAUAAGACAGGCCAUAAAGGGUAUUCAUGUAUAAGGCCAAACAAUCUCUCUCACAUCGGUUUGAUCUUCUGCAGAGGGCUGGUACUGUGAUCUGUGCAAGAUAUGUCUUGUU